AUGGUUAACAUAGGGGAUUUCUGGCAUGUUAAGAGUAAAGCAGGUGACUCUUGGCUAUGGAAGCAAUUAAUCAAGUCUAGAGACUAUGCUGUGAACUUACUGGGUGGUGUUGAGAACUUGAAGAAUCUAAUUAGCUCUUGCUAUGUAAACUCCAAAGUCCGCCUCUCUGCUCUGUACAAUGCUCUAAAACCAGGUUCAAAGGUAGACCGGCAUGAUACUGUUUGGGAAAAGUUAAACUAUCCCAAGCAUUCCUUCAUUAUGUGGCUGGCCAUUCAAGAUAAACUCCUUACACAGGAUAGAUUGCACAAGAGAGGGAUCAUCCAAUCAAAUCAGUGUUUGUUGUGUGAAGGUGCAGUAGCUGAGAGCAGGAAUCACUUAUUUUUUGACUGCAACUUCUCCAAUUGUGUGUGGAAUGGCAUUAUGGAGUGGCUUAAAUUCAAGUUAAGGGGAAAAGGCAGCAAACAGAGAAUUAAAAGACUAGCUCUCACGGCUACAAUUUAUAACAUUUGGAGGGAGAGGAAUGCUAGGAUCUUCAAGGAGGAAUUCAGAAGUGUAGAACAGCUGAUCAAGGCCAUAAAAGUUGAUACUUGGACCAUCCUACUUAAUAGCUCAUUGCCUGAUGAAGCUUAUAAUUGGCUCUUGUAA